GGAAGAUGGAGUACCAGGAGAAAACCCACGCAGGCACAGGGAGAACAUGCAAACUCCACACAGAAGGGCCCAGACCGGGAUUUGGACCUGGAACCCUCUUGCUGUGAGGCGACAGUGCUAACCAUUGCAGCAGUGUGCUGCCCCCUGAAGUGAACCAUUGUAUCAUAAAUUACUUAACAUAGUAUUGUCAUAACAGACAGAUAAUGUUAAGACAACAAGCAACUGAAAUAAAAGAAAAACUGAUGUUGAAAGCAGCAGAAAUUGAGACAAAGCUGGAUGUAGUUUUUGUAUUGGCUGCUGUGUAUAGGAUAAUUUCUGUAAAGAAGGAAACUCUUUAUGAAACUCAUUUAUAAACCAAGUUAAGGAGGUUUCUCUCGCUCUAUUUUUGUUUGAAUAAAUGAAUGUGAUAAUUACUAAAAAUGCUCAUAAUAUAACCCAUGUCAGAUAAGGUAAGAUCAAAUAAAAACCCAACCCAGUACUUGAGUAAAAGUACUUGGUUACUUCUCCUAAAAUAAGUCUCCUGAAAUACUUAAUGUGGAUUCAUCAGAUACAGUUAUAUAAACAAAUAGUAGUCUGUAUAUUGUGUGAUCUACAUAUUCAACACUCUGUCUCAGUUCAUACACAUUGCUGCUGAAACUUUCUUUUUUUUCCUCCAAGAAACUUAAUUUUGGCUCAAAGCUAAAACUGUAAACUUGAGAAUGUGGGUAGGAUUUGAGUUUGAGGGCACUUAAAGAAAGAUCGUGUUACAAAUUAAGAUUUUUACACCUUUAUGUAAUGCAUGGGUAGCAACAGUCCCAGAGUAUUUUUUGCACUGAAUCCUUUUAUUUUACUAAAGCUUCUGAAAACUGCCCCCCAUCAGUGCAAGCAGACGAAGGUAUUGCCAAGAGACUGGUAUAGGUAGCCAGUCUGCGUAACAGAAGACUGUCCGCAACGUUGUUUUGCAUGAUAUCUACAAGAAAAAAUAAUCUUACACUGUGUCCUUUUUAUUUUUAGCCUGGUGUAGUUCAUAAAAUCAAGAUGCAAUUGUCUAACACUGAUUGUCCGUGGCUGCCACCUAGUGGUGAAAAUACUGCGAAAUCACGUGUUGCUUUGAUUAUGUCCUGAUCCUGCUGAUGUUUCUUUAAAGUGAAAAUGCUUCAUUUAAUGCCUAAUCGAAUGUUCACGUCAAGGAUAAUCAAUCAAUAAGUUUGGUCGAAACACUAACUUGAAAUGUUUACAUGUGGAUAGCUCGUGGUCAUCGCUUUUACACUGUCAAGGCUGAUUACUGUGGAGCGGUUCUGCCUUAGCAGCCAGUCAAGAUGGACACCGCCGAAGAAGCGGACAUCUGUCGGGUAUGUCGUUCAGAGGGGACACAGGACAAGCCGCUCUACCACCCCUGUGUCUGCACCGGCAGCAUCAAGUUUAUCCAUCAGGAAUGCUUACUGCAGUGGUUGAAACACAGCAGAAAAGAAUACUGUGAAUUAUGCAAACACAGGUUUGCAUUUACACCAAUCUACUCUCCAGACAUGCCAUCUCGGCUGCCUGUUCAAGACAUCUUUGCAGGGCUGGUCACCAGUAUUGGAACAGCCAUCAGAUACUGGUUCCACUACACACUGGUGGCCUUUGCCUGGCUGGGCGUUGUGCCUCUUACAGCAUGUCGUAUCUACAAGUGUUUAUUUACUGGCUCUGUGAGCUCCCUCCUUACCCUGCCAUUAGAUAUGCUUUCAACACAAAACCUGCUUGCAGACUGCCUCCAGGGCUGUUUUGUGGUCACUUGCACACUGUGCGCCUUCAUCAGCCUGGUGUGGCUUAGAGAACAGAUUGUCCAUGGUGGUGCCCCUCAGUGGUUAGAGCAGAAUCAACCCCCUCUAGUUCCAAAUCAGCCUAACGGUCCAGCACCAGCUAAUGAGCAGGUUCCAGGUGGUAACAACGCGCAGGCUGCUGCAGAUGGCGCAGCAGCCCGGAACCCUGCAGGCCCUGCUCCAGACGGGCUAGCACCUGCCAACGCACAUCAAGACGGCAACCAUGGAGACGAAGCUGAACUUGACGACGAGGAAGAAGAUGACGACGGAGAGGAAGACGACGAGGAAGACGACGACGAGGAAGGCAGGGAAGAGGAUGCAGCUGGCAAUAAUGGAGGACAAGAAGAUUUGAACUGGAACGCCCUGGAAUGGGACCGUGCAGCAGAGGAGCUGACCUGGGAAAGGAUGCUGGGGCUGGACGGCUCCCUAGUUUUUUUGGAGCAUGUGUUUUGGGUGGUGUCUCUCAACACACUCUUCAUCCUGGUCUUUGCAUUUUGCCCGUAUCACAUCGGGCAUUUCUCAGUGGUUGGACUAGGCUUUGAGGACUAUAUCAGAGCUUCACACUUUGACGGCCUCAUUACCACCAUACUAGGGUACGUCCUCCUGGCAGGAGCCCUUAUAGUCUGCCACGCAUUGGCUUCAUUAGUGAAGUUCCAGCGUUCCAGACGACUCUUGGGUGUCUGCUACAUUGUUGUCAAGGUGUCCCUUCUGGUUGUCAUGGAGAUAGGCUUGUUCCCACUGAUUUGUGGUUGGUGGCUUGACAUUUGCUCACUGGAGAUGUUUGAUGCCACUCUGAAGGACAGGGAGCAGAGUUUUGACUCUGCUCCUGGUACCACCAUGUUCCUCCACUGGCUGGUCGGCAUGGUCUACGUCUUCUACUUCGCCUCUUUCAUUCUUCUCUUAAGAGAGGUUCUCCGGCCAGGUGUGCUAUGGUUCCUGAGGAAUCUGAACGAUCCAGACUUCAACCCAGUCCAAGAGAUGAUCCAUCUGCCCAUCUAUAGACACCUGCGGAGGUUCAUACUCUCUGUGGUGGUAUUUGGCUCCAUAGUUCUGCUGAUGCUUUGGCUUCCGAUCAGAAUCAUCAAACUACUCUUCCCGACCUUUCUUCCAUACAACGUCAUGGUUUACAGUGAUGCCCCGGUCAGUGAGCUGUCAUUGGAGCUGCUUUUGCUUCAGGUUGUUCUGCCAGCGUUGCUGGAACAGGGUCACACACGCCAGUGGCUCAAAAGGCUUGUCCAUGCCUGGACGUUCACCGCUGGAUACAUGCUUGACCUUCACUCCUACCUGCUGGGGGAGCACGAAGACGAAGACAACCAACCAAACAACAACCCUCCCGGCCGUCAUAACAACAACAACAACAACAGGAUCCCAGGCUUAGGGGAAGGGCUUCACGCUGCCCAUCAGGCCAUUCUGCAGCAGGGUGGUCCUGUAGGUUUCCAGUCAUACCACCGACCCGUCAACUUCCCUCUGAAGAUCAUUCUGCUGGUGGUCUUUAUGUGUGUGACGCUGUUACUGGCUAGUCUGAUCUGCCUCACACUGCCGGUGUUUGCAGGUCGCUGGCUGAUGUCUUUCUGGAUGGGCAGUGCCAUGGUUCAUGAACUGUACACAGCGGCCAGUGGUCUGUAUGUCUGCUGGCUCUCCAUUCGAGCCGCCACUGUGCUGCUGUCCUGGAUGCCACAGGGACGGUCCGUCAUCAUGAUCAAAGUACACGAGUGGACUCUCUUGAUCCUGAAGACCAUUGUGGUAGCUGUGAUGUUAGCUGGGGUGAUUCCUCUGCUGCUGGGUCUUCUCUUUGAGCUGGUCAUCGUGGCUCCUCUCAGAGUCCCACUGGACCAGACGCCUCUCUUCUAUCCCUGGCAGGACUGGGCCCUGGGUGUGCUUCAUGCUAAAAUCAUUGCUGCCAUCACACUGAUGGGUCCUCAGUGGUGGCUGAAAACUGUCAUUGAGCAGGUGUAUGCCAACGGUAUCCGAAACAUUGACCUCCAUUUUAUCGUGCAAGGGCUGGCUGCCCCAGUCAUCUCUGUCCUGCUACUGUCUCUCUGUGUGCCCUACACCAUCUCUAAAGGCAUCACACCACUACUAGGCGUGCAGCCGGAGAUGCAGACGCUGGUUGAGAGGAGGAUCUAUCCGUUCCUGCUCAUGGUGGUCAUGCUGUUGGCCAUCCUGUCCUUUCAAAUACGACAGUUCAAGCGCCUCUAUGAACACAUCAAGAAUGACAAAUACCUGGUUGGACAGCGACUGGUGAACUAUGAGCGUAAGACAGGCAAGAGCACGUCCACCUCCACAUUCAGCUCUUCCUCAUAGACCUGACGCUGCUGUGGGAUCAGUGGAGCUCACACACUCUGCUCAGCACUGAGAGCUAUCAGCUGUCAUCAGCUCCUGUGCUGAAACCUUUUUGUUUCCUCCGUUCUUGGCUGUCAAAUGCCAACUUCAAACACAGCCUCUAAACUUUUGACUGCAGUCUAAUCCUCUUAUUCUCCAACAUCUACUGUGUCACAGGUAGGGAGACAAAGAAGAGCGAAGACAAAAUAGUCUCAGAAUUCUUCACUGAGUAUGUUAAUUCCUGAAGAAGGUUGUUAACCAGGCUGCAGACACGGUCAACAUGAGUUGUUGACUGUCCAUCCUGUUUAAUGUGUCCGUUUUUGUCCUCAGCGCAGCUGACAUUUUAAGUUGUAAUAACAUUAUUUUAAAAAGAUUUUGAGUUGAAGUGGGGUCAGUUGAGCCUAGCUUUUACCUCUGAUCGUGCUUCCCUUUGAUUGGUAGUCAUGAAAUGUUGUCUAGAGGUCACACUGAGUGUCUCUUAAUGGGACAUUUUCUGACAUUUCAGAGCUGUGGGGGAGAUAUUAUGCUAAUUUCUUUGCCGUUCUGUUCCAAGUGUUGAGUCUUCUCAAAUGACACCAUCGAAUUGGGGUUAUCAGUGGUAAAGAAGGACAUGACAUGAUGUAGCAAUGUGAUUGUGUGCUCUUUUUUAAAAAAGAUGUUUUUAUUAGAGGUGUUUUCAAUGAUUUUUAGUGUUUGGGAGUUAGCUGUUAGAAAGUCCUCAGAGGACUCAUUUGAAGUAAAGUUGUAGAAAAAGAAAGAAAGAAGAAAGGGACAUUGUAAACAAUCUGGACACAGCCCAGAAUGUGGAUGCUUUCCCUGUGAAUUUUAAGAACACUCUGGACUGAGUGGGACCCUCGCAAAUCCACCUUCAGGAGAGGAGAGGUCAUCGACAUUAAGUCACACAGCGCGCAGAAAGUGAGGUUUUAACCAAGAGUACUUAAACUGAAAAACACGCCUCAGGACGUGCCUGUGUUACACCCUUAUACUCCCACUGAUUUUAUAGGAAAAUGUAUUUUAAUAGAAUAAAAAAAAUAAUGUGAACUAUCUGGCCUUUAGUGGCUUAUAGUGCUGCUAAUCAGAGGGUCAGACUGUCUGCAUUCUGCUGAUGGUUGGGAGCCAACAGCUGGAAACAUCUGUGUAAACAGCAAAAUACUGAAUGUCAAAGGGAAAAAAGACUCUCAAGCCAAUAAUAACAGAAAUGUACUGGCAAACUGGAUUUAACUCAUCUCAGUUGGGGAAAGCGUAGUUACAGUUUUACAGCACAAACUAAAACAUUUCUGCACCGCGAUGUCGCUCAAACUAAUUGUUCGGUCGUUUGCUGCCACCAGCUGAGCUGAAUCAGACGGAUCAUGACAGAUCUCAUCUUGUGAUCAGUUUAGUCGUUAACGGUUGCUUACCUACAGGGCCGGUGUGGUGCGAAGAUUUUAAAUGACAUUUCUCACUUCUGCUUGUUGUAAACUGCAUGAUUUCUAACACAACUUUGUGAAAAACCAUCUAUGCAGGUCUAAUUGAAACAGUCAUGCCUACUUUUACAAAGGACUGGGUAUUUAAUAUAGAUUAAACAGCUCUGUUUCAGCUAUGCUACAGUGACUUUAUUACAUAGUUGAUUGCUUUUGAUUGGAUGGAGCUACAGUUGUUUCUGAGCAAUCAUUUUUCACGUCUUUACUAGCUAAGACAUUCCUUAAAUUUUAAUGGUGCAACCUCAUUUAAGUAAAUGGCAUGGGUUGCAGCUAGUUAGCUCUUACUAAGACUUUACACAGAGUUACUAACAGAUUUGCAGAUGGCUGGUGCAACUCAGCCCUGCUUCUUUUAUCUGAAUGUUCAAGUUGUGUCUCCAUUAAACUAAUAUUUCCUCUGAUGUUAGCAGAAGGGGGAUUUGUUUUGGGCAGGUUCACAGUGUUUCCUGUGGAACCAGAGGUUUGUUGUCAGGGCGAAGUUGACAUGAACUGUGGGUUAAAUGCGCUUUGGCUGGCCGACGUUACAGACGUCCUGUGCCUGAAAUGAUGGCAGCUUCACUUUGCUGUAUUUUUAGAUGAUAAUCAGGUCACGACUCACCUCUUGCCAGUGUCCAGGCACUAUUUCAUUCCCUGUUCCCUAUUCCUAUUUACCUGCCUGAAAGAAAUAUAAGUAAAGAUGAAUCAAAAACUCCUUAGCAGAUGUGACAGGUGGCUGUAGAAAUACAUAUGAACAAGUGAAAAAAUACUCAAAAUGUCUCCUAACCUUUCCAAAAUCAGUUUUUCUUUCAGACUAUUGUUAUGAUGAUGCUCCAGUGAUUACAUGGUUACCGUGGAUUUAAAAAACAAGGAUGGUCAGCAGACUACAAAGUAAAGAAAUGCAAUCAAAUUCAAGAUUUGAAAAAUAAGAGGGUUAACUUGCCCUCUCCAAAACAGAAAAGAGAUU